AUGGCGUUUCUCGCCAAACUGAUCUUCUUUUAUUUAAUCCAACACAUAUCAGCAAUCACAGAUGAGAUUCAACUACUGAACGAGUUAUCAGUGGAAAAGUUGAUGCAGUUGAAGAGCUCACUACAACCACAGUACGAGAAUAAAACAGAAGCACCAUAUUUGGAGAACUUCGGGGCGCAAGCGAUGGCCGUUAAAGCACCCAAAAGAAGAAGCGAUCACAAAGAUCUAUACAAGGAAGAAAGCAAGAUCAGUCACAUCUUCACCAUGUCUGUCACCACGUUAGCCUUUCUAGCGUUCGGUGGAUAUCUCUUGUGUUUGAUAGUGCAUGCUGUCAAGUCGAAACAAAACACGGCCGUAGUCACCCCGCAGCCGACGUUCUUUGUGAACGCCGGGAUAAAACGACCCCAAACCCAAUUUGCGUCUUACGGCCGCAAGAAGAGAGAUCUUGGUGAACUAUUGCCGCCCGAUGAAGUGUUCUUGGCGCUGAUGCGACUGUGUGAAGGUUAUGCUAAGUGGAGUGAUAAAUAA